AUGAAAGAGGCCCUGGCCGUGCUCAAAGAGGCCGCGGUAGAGCCUCCAGAAGAGGCCUUGAAGAAACCCGACCUCAGCCCCCGGGCUAACGCUGGCUAUAGUGUUUAUGAGGAGGUGGCGGAGCUGAGGGCCUUUCUGGAGGAGGCCAUUCAGGAUGACGAGAACGAGAAAACCCUGAAGGAUCUUGGCGUUCCAGACGCCCAUUCUCAAAUGCACAGGGCGUCAUGUAUUGGCGGCUCAUGCAACUCUUAUCCUUCCAAAGCUGAAGGAAUUAUGGAGGUGACGCUUCAGUCGCCUCCGAAACGGCAAGCUUCAGCCAUGUCAGAGGAGUUGUACGACUCCGAGAGCAUCGUGUGCGACAAGAGUCAUUCUUUGAUCUCCAAUGCGUCUUGGGCUGUCUCAAAUCCUGGGGACAGCCUGGCGUACAGUCAUUCUGGAACUUCAGGCCUUGGCUCCCUGGCCGACACCCACGAGGUUCCAACGAAGCCCAGGCCACCGGAGCCUGAGACGGUGGCCGCGGUGGCCCCUGUGGCCUGUGAUCCCCCGACCAUCGAUGGCCAGAAGAUCAAGGCCUUCGCAUCGGCAGUUCAAGGUGCCAAAGGUCUGGGCGAGGACUUGCAAAAAGACUUGUUAGAGAUUCUUCAUGCCCUCCCAGGUUUCAAAGCUUGA